CUAGCAUAUGCUGCAUUUAAAAUCAACUUGUGUUUUAAGUGCAUUUUUAUUCUAUUAGUGUAUAACCAUGAAAACGGUUAAUUCACGAUUCGGUGUUACUGGCAACUAACUGAUUUGCAUAUAUAGGAAAAAAAACAUGGAAAAAUCUUUAGUAUAUACAUCUACAAUAUUAAUAGUAUUAUGUUUCGUAACGCUUGGUACUUCGAUACAUUGUUUCCAGUGUAAUUCCGCCGAAAAUCCAGAAUGUUCGGAUCUUACUGUAAAUAAUACUGAAAGUAUAUUUUAUCGACCGUGUAAGAAAAACGAAACUGCCGAUGAAAGUUUUUUUUGUAGAAAAUAUGCUACGACUGUUCUUGGGGUAAAGGACCAAAAAGAUUCCGUUAGGAUUUUCAGGAGUUGCGGUUGGAUCAAUACGAAAAAUAUAACUAAAGAUACUUGCAGUAAAGACGAAAGUGAUUUUAUUGAAAAAAUUACUUGUACUUGUUUUUCGGACGGCUGUAAUUCAAGUACACGAAUAUAUCCAUCGGAAUUUCUAUUUUUUAUUGGAUUAUUUUUAUAUAUUUUAUGUCAAUUUGAAUAAAAAUUAUUAUAAGAAUUAUUUACUGUAGAUGUUUUAGUAGAUUAAAAAUAUGUUAUAAAUAAAGGACGCAAAAAUUUGAUUUU